UUCAUUUUGCUGUUAUCAGUGUCAGAUAAUUCAUCGGGUGAAACAAGCGUGGGAAAAGCAGUGAUCUAUAUUUAUUUAUAAUAGAUAACAAAUAUUAAAUAAAUCAGGUUUUAUUAAACUGCACUGCCUUAGCACUUGGCAAGUGUUCGUUGUAUUGUUAAAAGUUUGCCACUGUAACUUGCUUUGUGGUCAUUUCGCGAUGCUAUCGAGAUUUUCGCGAAUCUGCCAACCGCGACAGAGUGUUCUAAGAUACUUCAGCUUAAUGCCAUCAUCACGGGUCAAAGUACAAGUGCGUCAAGGUGUUGUCGAGGGUCGAGAAGGUCGUUUACCAAAUGGGGAGCCAUACCAUAGCUUUCAGGGCGUACCAUAUGCAGUGCCACCAUUCGGAGAACUACGAUUCAGAUCUCCUGUGCCACUGGAAUCUUUUGAAACCCCUAUUUUAGAUUGUACACGCGAAAGAGGUCCUUGUCACCAGCGAGAACCCUUGACAGACAAUAUAUUGGGUUCAGAGGACUGUCUCCACCUAAAUGUAUAUGCGCCAACUAAACCUUCCACUACUGGCCCGCUUCCAGUUAUGGUGUGGAUACACGGCGGAGGGUUCUUCUUUGGUUCUAGCAAUGGCACGUUGCCGUUAAGUUUAAUUUCCGAAGAUGUUAUUGUAGUGACAUUAAAUUAUCGUUUAGGCGCAUGGGGAUUUUUGUGCCUUCCAGAAGAAGGUAUCUGGGGGAAUGCUGGCUUAAAGGAUCAGCGUCUGGCUUUGCAAUGGGUGCACGAUAAUAUUGCUCAAUUUAAUGGUGAUCCAAAUAAUGUUACCUUAUUCGGAGAAAGCGCGGGAGCUGCGUCAGUUCAUUUACAUACAUUAGCUUCCCACGCACACAAACUAUUUCACAAGGCUAUCAUGCAAAGUGGAUCUGCCAAUAUGGAGUGGGUAUUCCAAAAUGAUCCAGCGCGAAGAGUUCGCCGUUUCUGUGAAUUGCUCGGCUGCCAAUCGCGAGACACGCGAGUUAUGCUUAACUUCUUACAGUCAAAUGAUACAGUGAAACCAAGGCAAGUGCUUAGUAACACGUUGCCUGUACUAUCGUCAGAUGAACGUCGCCGCGGAUUGCCUUUCACCUUUCAUCCAGUUAUUGAAGACGCGAGUAGUACAGAUAGCUUCAUUAGCACACCUGUUUUGGAACUUUUGCAACGUAAAGAGACACAGGCCAUGCCCAUGAUAAUGGGUUACAACUCGGCUGAGGGCAUUCUCCUGCUGAUAAAUGCGGUGCGCAAAAUGGAAGAAAUAAAUAACGACCUGGCACGUUUUGUGCCACGAAAUAUACCACUCGCUACUGAUCAUCCAGAUAUUCAAUUUCUGGCACAAAAAAUGCGCGAUUUCUAUUUUAAUGGUCACGAAAUCACACAUGAGCGUUUAGAUGCCAUGACGAACUUGCUGUCAGACUAUCACUUUAUGGUUGAUUUGCAGCUGGCUGUGAAAUAUCAAAUGAAAUAUAAAACGGGCUCACCGCUCUAUUUUUACCGUUACGAUUAUACAGGUGGUCGUGAUCUAUUUAAAAGACAAUUGCAGUUGGAAUAUAUACCUGGCGCCUGUCAUGCUGACGAAUUGCAUUACCUAUUCCAAACGCCCGGUAUUAAUCCAAUGAAAUUCGCAGAGAAGGAUAGACGUCAUAUUAAACGUCUGAGUGCCAUGUGGACUAACUUUGCCUGCCAUGGUAACCCUACUCCAGCAGGAAAUGAAAUCACAAAAGAUUUGGGCUGUGUGUGGACCCCCGUUAAUAGAGUGAAUAGUGAAGAUGAGGAAGACCGCAGCAUGGAUUGUUUGCUUAUUGAUGAAGAAUGUAGAAUGGAUCGUGAUCCAGAUAAAGAUCGCAUGGAAUUCUGGAAAGAAAUUUAUCGAAACUAUCCACCAUUGGAUUACUCACGACUGAGUGCUAAACUAUGAGAUUACAUUAAAUUUAGAUUAAUUAAUGGUAAUUUAUAGCUCAAAUUAAUAAGCAAUCUAUAGAUUUUAAUUUAAAAUAAUUUUGAGAUUAAUUCAAUUACUGUUAUGUACAUACGCGUCUUCUCAAUUGUCAUUAGGAAUGGUUUAUUAAAUGUAUCUAGCAAAUUAAAUAAUAUAUGUUGAUUAAAAGAAAUUGGUCUCGAAGGGAAUUUGGAUUAUGAGUAUAUAGAGCAGCUAGGUUACGUUCAUGGAAGACUAAAUUAAUUAGUUAUACUUACCGACCUAAAUAAGUGUAAAUAAUAUGUAUAUUUGACUUAAGCAAUGAUUGUUUAGCUUUUAAAAAUGUAAAUAAAGAAGAAAUUUGUGCAUACUUUUGUACUUUUAAACGAUCAUGUA